GCAGCCCCAACCGAAAGGUGCUUCGGAAAGCUUCCCCCACACAGCCGAAGGCCAUCGCCCCGAAUUCUCAGAAGGAACCACCGUGAUCCUCUAUUGUUCACCCAUGCGGUGACUUUGAUGCAGACUGGAGCAUCUUGAGCAAAUCCCACCUGGGUCGAAACAAGAUGAGGGCUACGAAGAGCAAAUGUCACCUUGGGAGGCCGCCAAAAAAAGACCCAGGGUUAUUAUUUGCUGCAUCAUAAUGUCAUUGAGCCCUCUUGUAACCGGUUUUGAUAAUAUAAUCAUCGGUCUGGUGACUGCGAUGCCCGCAUUUCAGAUGGUCUAUGGUGAUACAUCUGGUGUGAUUCCCGCUCAAUGGCUCUCCCUUUGGACCUCGAUGGUCGCCGUGGGUGUCAUCACAGGGGCCAUGUUGUCUGGUCCAAUUGCUGACCGAUGGGGCUGCCGAGUCUCCGUCUUAAUUGGGGGCGUCAUUGCAGCGGCUGGGAGCAUAAUCUGUGCUUUUGCUGACGAGAUUGGGGUGCUGCAGAACCGGCGAAUCCUCUUUCUCUUCGCAAAGAUCAUCAUCGGCCUUGGUUUAGGAUUCAUGCUUCCAGCCUCGCAAACAUAUAUAUCCGAGGUAGCCCCCGUUGAACUGAAAGGGCCGCUAUUGUCAGCAUACACCCUUUCAAUGGUCUGCGGGCAAGUCAUAGCCGUGGCUGGGGUUAACGCUCGCAUCGCCAUCUUUAGCCGAAUGGCCUAUCGUCUCUUACUCGCCAUCGAAGCAAUCCCCACCGGCUUCGCCGCACUUGCGCCUUGGUUCAUCCCGGAAAGCCCCAACUACUUCGUCAAGCAUGGAAACCUUGCCAAGGCCACUGCGGUCUAUGCCCGUCUAUUUUCAGAAGUGCAGGCUGGGCCCGCCGUGCAGCGUCUCGCGCGUGCCCUUGAACAUGAACGUAGUGUCCAAGCAAGCGCCGAGGCUCCCACGUUCAAGGAAUGCUUUCACGGUGUGAACUGGCGGCGCACGCGCAUUGUGUGCUAUGCGAAUAUGCUGCAAAGUUUCGUUGGUAUUGCCAUGAUCCAGAACGCAACCUAUUUCUUCGAGCUGGGAGGAAUGAGUGCGCAGAAUGCCUUAAAUGUGACGACAGCCUCGUUGAGCCUCAUGAUUCCGGCUCUUUUGCUAUCGUGGUAUUUGAUGGGUCGCCUAGGACGCCGCACAAUUCUGCUGUGUGCUACCAGCGUAAUUAUGUUUUUCUGGCUGAUGAUUGGAAUCGGAGGGUGCUUUCAAACGACAACUGCUUUCUGGUUUGUUGGCUGCACCAUCGUAGCGACCAAUUUUGUUUACGGCUUGGGUGUAGGUAGUGUCUAUCCGGUGGUGGCUGCGGAGACGUCAACUCUCCGCUUGCGAGCCAAAACCCAGGCUCUGGGAUUUGCGGUACAAUUUGUUGUGAGCUGGGUAUUCCAAUACGUGGUACCCUAUAUGUAUAGCACUGCGGAGGGCGACCUGGGGGGGAAGGUAGGAUUUAUCUUUGGUGGGCUCUCUGCUUUAGCGUUGGUGGUAGUUUUCUUCGAGAUUCCAGAAAUGAAAGGGCUGCGGGUUGAAGAACUGGAUGCGCGGUUCGAGCAGAGGGUUGCGACACGGGCUUUUUAGCUUGCGGAAACCGCCAGAUUGAAGGAUAAAUAAGAUGAUAUCUGAGGAAUACCCAUGUACAGGCGUAUGUAGUUCCCCACUGUGGAUCAUAUCUUGGCUGAACUGAAGCUUAGAAGGAGCUAAGUGUGGUUUUAUGAAUAAG